AUGCAGGGGCCUAAGAGACAAGGGGCUAUACAAGUACAGAGACAAGGGGCUAUACAAGUACAGAGACAAGGGGCUAUACAAGUACAGAGACCAGGGGCUAUACAAGUACAGAGACAAGGGGCUAUACAAGUACAGAGACAAGGGGCUAUACAAGUACAGAGACAAGGGGCUAUACAAGUACAGAGACAAGGGGCUAUACAAGUACAGAGACAAGGGGCUAUACAAGUACAGAGACAAGGGGCUAUACAAGUACAGAGACAAGGGGCUAUACAAGUACAGAGACAAGGGGCUAUACAAGUACAGAGACCAGGGGCUAUACAAGUACAGAGACCAGGGGCUAUACAAGUACAGAGACCAGGGGCUAUACAAGUACAGAGACCAGGGGCUAUACAAGUGCAGAGACCAGGGGCUAUACAAGUGCAGAGACCAGGGUAUACAAGUAUAGACCAGGCCGCAGGCCAUUCGAGCAAAAUCCAAGACAUUCGAGGAAAAGUCAGAGGAAAGCCUGAAGUUAUGUCAAAUUCGUCUAUAAAACUGAUGAAUUCUUAA